AUGUGGGUCCCAGCAGCGGGACUUCCUUUGAGGUUGGUGCCCUUAGCCCUGGCGGGCACGAGUCGCUUUUGCAUUUUGAGGACCCGAGCGACGAUACGUGGACACCCGCAUCGCUGUGGCUUGUCUGAUUCAUCCCCGCAGCUGUUGCCCUAUCCUGACUUUGAGGAAUUGCCUCCGUGGGUAUGCAAGCACCGCUUGGACCCUAAGCGUUACAUAAGCAGUCGGGGAUUGGCUGAGACCUUGGUGCAGAUCCUGCAGGGGAGUCAAAAAGACCCUCGCUCUCUCUUCUUAGAGUGCAAUCCAGGUCCUGGAGUGCUGACUCAGGCAUUACUUGAAACUGGUGCCAAAGUGGUUGCCCUUGAAAGUGACAGAAAUUUCAUUCCGCAUUUGGAGUCCUUAGGAAAUAAUCUGGGUGGAAAACUAGAAGUGGUCUACUGUGACUUCUUUAAAUUGGAUCCUAGAAAGUGUGGACUAGUAAGACCACCCAUUAUGAUUUCACAUGUGCUUUUUCAGAAUUUGGGAAUAAAGGCACUUCCUUGGUCAGCAGGUAUUCCCUUAAAAAUAAUUGGAAUCUUCCCAAUUAAAAAUGAAAGAAAGGCACUAUGGAAACUUGUAUAUGACCUGUAUUCCUGCACUUCUAUAUAUAGGCAUGGACGAGUAGAAUUAAAUAUGUUCAUUAGUGAAAAAGAAUACCAGAAACUAAUGGCAAAUCCAAGAAAUCCAAACUUGUAUCAAGUAUUAAGUGUGCUCUGGCAAGUUGCUUGUGAGAUUAAGGUGCUGCAUGUGGAGCCUUGGUCAUCAUUUUAUGUAUAUACCCAAAAUGGGCAGCUGAAAAAGCCAAAGCAUAAGGAUUCAUUAGAACGAAUACAACAAAACUUGUAUUUUAUUCGAAUGACUCCUCGUCGAAAUUUAUUCACAGAAAACUUAACUCCUAUUAACUAUGAUGUAUUUUUUCAUAUGGUAAAGCACUGUUUUGGGAAGUGCAAUGCAAGCCUAAUAGAACACUUAAGGUCAUUGAGUCCAGUUGAUGCAAUGGAUAUAUUGAUGCAAACAAGAAAAAAUGAAAAAGUGAAAAUAACUGACAUGUAUCCUCAAGACUUUAAAUGCCUUUUUGAAGCUACCCAUUUAUACCCAUAA